AUGGUCUUACGUUCUUUGACAACGUUGAAUUUAAAAUAUCGCUACGUCGAUUAUCUACCCAUCGUCAUCGAACGUUACAACGAGUCGCCUCACGCGGGUAUAUUUGACGCAACCCCGCAUGACGUCUAUGUCAGGGGUAAAUCCCUUAAUACCCGUAAGCUUUUGAAACGUAUGCUAAACAAAUCGCAACCCACGCGUAAUUUACUUCACGAAGGCGAUCGUGUUCGUUUGUCGCGUGUAAAAAACAAUAUUUUUGAAAAAUCUAGUUUACAAUGUUGGGUUCGUGAAAAAUUUAUAGUGUACAAAGUUUUAAUCACUGACCCAGUUACGUACGAGCUGCGUGAUGAAAAAGGUGAAAAAAUAAAAGGUAUUUUUUAUCGUGAAGAAUUACAAAAAAUAUGA